AAUGCUGAAAUCUCCGUCUUUGAAGUGAACAUCCGUUUUGUCGGAGGCCUUCUGUCUGCCUAUUAUCUCUCAGGCAAAGAGGUGUUCAGGAAAAAAGCUGUUGAACUAGGAGAGAAGCUGUUGCCGGCUUUUAAGACCCCGACCGGCGUCCCGUGGGCUCUUCUCAACCUAAAGAGUGGGGUCGGCAGAAACUGGCCAUGGGCAUCUGGAGGAAGCAGCAUUCUGGCCGAAUACGGGACGCUGCAUUUGGAGUUCAUGCACCUCAGCGCACUUUCCGGGAGACCGGUUUUUGCAGAGAAGGUAAGCAUCAGUUCAGCCAUUACGCCUCUGCACUGCAAUAAACACCCACACCGAACUGAAUGUGAAUGUUGGAGCGGUCAUGACUGUUAGAAGAGAUGACCAAAC